UGAAUCAUUGCUAGGUUGAUUUCAUUUGGAUCAAUCGUGACCAGAGACACUUUGAGUGGUUCAUGGAGCUACUGAAUGAACUGGAAAUGGAACAGAAUGAAUAUGGAACACUAAUGGAUCGGUUCCUUGAUAUGCACAUGUACAUCACAUCAGCUUUACAAAGGACUGGUGUUAAAGCAUUAGGACUACAAAUGGCUCUUGAUCUGAUACACAAAGAAAAGAACAUUGAUCUUAUAACUGGACUGAAGACCAGGACACAGACUGGUAGACCUAACUGGGAUAAGGUCUAUAUGUUAAUGCUGGGGAAUAGAAUUUAGUUCAACUCUAGCAUAAAGCAUGAGUCUAAAGGUCAAACCGCCCACACAUUUGAUUAAAAAUUGAUG